AUGUCCCCUCACAAAACCGACAAGUCCCUCGAUUUUCACGCUUACACCAGUGCAGAUGCCAUAGCCGAUGAGGAGAGGUACUCGGCUCAUAACUACGUGCCCCUCCCUGUCGUCUUUGCUCGUGCCCAGGGUGUCAAUGUUUGGGAUCCUGAAGACAAGCACUACUACGACUUCCUCCCUUGUCAACAGGCUGGUAGAUUGACGCUCAGUUCUCGUGGCUUCUACAACGACGUCUUCCCACAGUGGGCGAAACUAGUCAACAGAGUCUUCAGUUAUGACAUGGUUCUCCCGAUGUGUACUGGAGCUGAAGCAGUCGAAACUGCAAUCAAGAUUGCCCGGAAUUUGCAUCAACAGAUGACCGCAAUCACGCUCUCGGUCGAUCCUCUGUCAAGAACAAACUAUGACCCCCAUGUGCCCAGAGUUGGUGCAUGCAACCCGACGACUCGCAAAGUCAUCCGGUACAACAACAUUAAUGACCUUAGGGACGUUCAUGAGGAAUACGGCCACCAGACGGCGGCAUUCAUCUGUGAGCCCAUACAAGGAGAAGCGGGAGUCGUCGUUCCCGACGAUGAGUAUCUGGUUCAGGUGUCAGCUCUCUGCAAGAAACAUAAUGUCCUUUUUAUCUGCGACGAAAUCCAGACAGGUAUAAGACGUACUGGAAGGAUGCUCUGUCAUCAGUGGAUAGGUAUCAAGCCAGAUCUUGUGACCCUGGGCAAGGCUCUUUCAGGAAGCAUGUAUCCAGUCAACUGCGUCCUUGGUCAGGCCGAGGUCAUGUCAGUGAUCGAACCCGGAACUCAUGGAUCUACCUUUGGAGGUAAUCCUCUAGGUUGUGCUGAGGAGGACCUCAUUGCCAAAGCCGAUCAUUUGGGGCAAAUCUUCAGAGAGGAACUUCAAGCGAUGGACACAGACGUUUUCCGCAUCAUCCGUGGUAAGGGCUUACUUAAUGCCGUGGUCAUUGACGACAAAAGGACUAACGGCUGGACUGCCUGGGAUUUGUGUCUGGCGAUGAGAGACAGGGGCCUUUCGGCUAAACCGACAAAGGGCGAUACAAUCCGUUUCGCGCCACCAUUAGUCAUCACCGAGAGUGAACUCCGCAAGGGCCUUUCAAUCAUCAGAGAGAGCAUCAAAGCGCUAAGUUAA